CGCGGCUGGGGACAGGGACCCGGUAACCAAGCGCAGGAGGCGGGGCCUCAGCUUGUCGCGCUUGUUGCACCUGCCGAAUGUCCCUCCCACUAGUUUAGAGCGCAGUUUCUCGAUUCACCAUUAGGGGGAGGGGCGCCCAGACCACUAGACGGCGAAUAAUAACAAUAGCUAUUAAGGAUUCAGUGCGUUGCACAUGCCAGGCCUUUCAUUGGACUCUCGCGUGAACCCUAUCAGGUGCCCUCCAGCAUGGGGGAUACAGAUGUUUUCCCGUGGAGAUUCCCCAAACAGGUGUUUUCUCAGAUACUUCCCUGACGAGUGGGCCUCUAUGCACAUGAGCUGCUUUCCUGCUGCCCAGCCACCAGAUGUGCUUCAAUGCAUGCUCCUCAACAGAAAUCUACCCAGGAAUGCAUUAUGUAGCGUCCCCUCACUCCACAGGUGAUGGAUGCAAAUGUGUUUUCAAAACCCUACACCAGAGUGCCUCAGUCACCUGGUUGUUAUAACUCAAGUGUGUUCUAUACAGCUGUUUUCCACACAGGUAAGCUUCCAUUCGGCUAUACUCCAAAUAGAUGUGAUUCAAUGCAGAUGUCUUCCACAGGUGUGCUUCUUACAUAUUCGUGCAGAUGUCUUCUUUACAGGUUUGCUCCCAUGCAGGUAUGUACCACACAGGUAUUUUUUCAUUAGGGACUCCCCAUCUGAGUCUGCCCCAGACAGGAGUGCCUGAUACCCGGGUGUCUCUAUCACCCGUGUGCCUCCACACCUGUGCGAUCCUACAGAUGUCCCCGUAAUACAGGUGGAAAUUUACUUUUGCACCUGCGCGCUUCCGCCCCUUUUUACUCCUCCCCAUUAUAGGAUUGGGUUCCCGUUACAGGUGCGCCCUGGGCGCGGCCCCGCCUCCCGCCUGGCCCCGCCCUUUCAUCAAGGCUCAGGUGCACAAGCCGGAAGUGCGCUCCUCUCCCAGGUGAGUGACUAAACUUUCCGGGUCACGUGAGCGGGAGGAGCCGGUGGAUUCCGACCGAGAGACAGAGGGACGCACCGAGAGUUCGAACGAGGGAAUUGAACCGGGAACCUGAGCGAGAUCGAAGACGCGCGGGCCAGCCCUCAGGUGCCAGGUCGCAGGUACCCCCGGCCCGAGAUGCGGUAGGAACGGCACGCGCGAGAAGCCCGGUACCUGGUGCCACCAGCCGGUCGCCCGACCCAUGGCGAGCCCCAGCCUGGGGCUGCUCCUAGCGCUCGGCCUGCCGCUGCUGCAGGCCCGCUGGGGCCGGGCCUGGGGGGAAACAUCGACACCCACUGCAUAUGGGAACAGCACCGUUACCCCCGGCCCCAGCUCCAAUGGGGCCCUGUCUACGGAGGCCACCACUGCCAUCAUUGUGGUCUUCUCCCUCUUGGCCGCCCUGCUCCUGGCUGUGGGGCUGGUGCUGCUGGUGCGGAAACUGCGGGAGAAGCGGCAAACAGAAGGCACCUACCGGCCCAGCAGUGAGGAGCAGUUCUCCCACGCAGCUGAGGCCCGGGCUCCCCAGGACUCCAAGGAGACAGUGCGGGGCUGCCUGCCCAUCUAGUUCCCCUUCCUCUAUCCAAAUGCCUCCCUUGCUGUGUGACUGUGGGGGAAGGCAGGUCCCUCUCUGGGCCUUCAAACCCAUCCAGCUUCAUAUUUAAGAAUAGAAGGGACAAAGGUGCUUCAGAGACUGCCCCCGAGGGCAAGGGAGGGUGGGGCUGCUCACUUUUUAUAUAUAUGUAAAAUUGGUAAUGACAAAUAAAACCUUUUUUUGAGCUGGUGGGGGCAGGAAUUAGAACAGGUGGAGGAGAUAAAUUAAAGGCUCUUAGGCUGUGGGGGGAUGAAUUGUAAGCUUUCGAGGGUUCUAGAAGGUUCUAGGGCUACGAAGGCUUCCUGGAAGGGAGGGCUUUUCGCUGCACCUAGAAGCCAGCGGGAGGCUAUCCCAGUAGGCAAGGUGGUGGUUGGAUGGGGUGGGUUUCUGAGCAGAGAGAGGGCCCCCAAGUAAACUCACCAGGAAAAACUG